UUUUUCGGCGCACGGGAGCCAUGGAGACCAGCCGAGAUGGCGGGGUCGGGGCCGAGAGGGAGGCCCGGGCCGCUCCUCUCCCCGUCCCCGUCCCCUUCCCCUCCUCCUCCUCCUCCUCCUCCCCGCCUGCCGACGACAGGCUGUUCCCGGUGAAAGGUGGAAUUUUUCUUGGUACUGUUGCUGCGGCAGGAAUGAUAGCUGGUUUCGGGACAACUCUAUCACUGGCCAAAAAGAAAAGCCCUGAAUGGUUCAAUAAGGGAGUUACUGCUACAGCUGCCUUACCAGAGAGUGGUUCAUCACUUGCAUUGAGAGCCCUGGGCUGGGGCUCCCUUUAUGCAUGGUGUGGAGUUGGCAUAAUCAGUUUCGCAAUUUGGAAAGCCGUAGGAGUUCACAGCAUGAAAGACUUUCAACAUAAAAUGCAAUCAAUAUUUCCAACAAUUCCCAAGAACCCUGGACCUUCUGUUGAGUGGGAAGAAGUGUUGAAAUCCAAAUGAAGGAGCAUGAAGAUAUUCCAGAGUGAUUGUUACCAAAAAAGUGGAUGUCCAAACAAUUAUGUUGUAUAAAAGAAAAGGAAACAAGAUUGAUUUCUAGCCCGGAAAGUAGCAAAGCAGUGGCUGGACUCGCAGGACAAGUGGCUGUCAAUGUUCUCAUCAGACUGUAUAAAAACUGAAAAACAAUGGGUAUUUUCUUUAGCCUAGAGUUGAAUGAAAAAAUGAAGUUUUUCAAGGUUAGGAGGAUUGAUUUAUGACAAGAUCUAGAGCCAAAAAUCAACUUCCUUCUAUGGAGUACAACAAUGUGAGAACUUAAAUUUCUGUAAACUUUCAAAGCUCCUCCUUGAAAGUAAUGUUUAUAAUAAACAAUAUUGUUGAGGAAAUAUUUGCCACAUAUUUGAUUUGCAGACCAUCUUGGCAGUUCUAGAAUGUACACUGAAAAAUAAUUUGGCAUAAUGGAAUCAUUCUACCUAUGAUAAUGGCUCACUCUGUCAAACUGAAUGAACUGCAGGUCCUACCUACAGUGAACAGUUAAUUUAGUUGGAUCAAUCUGGCACAUCAGGAAAUAGCUGAGCCUCACGCACACAGAAUUUUGGUGAAGCACAGUCCAGUUCACUGGGCACCCAAAUCCUAAAGCCUGUCAUCAUUAAACUAAGCUCGCUAUGGGACAGGGUACAUGUCUACCAACUCAUUGUAUUGUACUCUCCCAAGUGCUUACUAUAGUGAUCUGCACACAGUAAGCACUUAAUAAAUAGGAUUGAUUGAUUGAGAAGACAAAAGGCAUGCAACAGUUAAAAAAACAUGAGAAAAAGUUAUCUUUUUCCCAGGUCAUAUGGGUAUAAAAUGAAUUUUUACAAACUGAUUUGGUGUGCGAUGCUUGAACACUGUCUAAAAAUGUCUAUGUUUGCCUCACUCAUAGCAAAUGUGGCCUGAUGUCAUCUUUACUGACCUAACAUUUUAAAUAGAAAGCCACAAGGAUAUCUAGUUAACAUCUGAGGUGCGGUACAGUACUGUCACCAAAUCCUGUCAGUUUUACCUUCACAACAUUGCUAAAAUCCACUCAUAAAUGAGUUAUCAUUUAAGUAUUGGGUUAAUCACAUAGGCUUUUUGAGCCAUUGAGUGUAUUUAAGUGAUUUUGGAUGGCGUAGAAGGGAUGAAGUGGCAGUGGGGAGACUAGCAGUGAAUCGGGGAAGGCAGCCUGGAGGAAAUGUGAGUGCAGAAGAGCUCAAGAUGGGGAGAGCAGUAGUCUGAUGUGAAGGGAUGGGAGGGAGAUGAAAAUGCAGUAUGAUGUGUAGCAUAGUUUAAGGGAAAGAAAGAGAGCAAUCUGGGGUGUGAGUCACCCCCUCUAGUGAGCUGUACAAUAAGGCGAUGAAGAACAAUGCCUAAUUGCAGUCCUUAGUUAUUGAAGAAAGAAAAGUUUUAAAAAGAACAAGAUAACUAAUAUGUAAAUGCUCCCAGUGAAACAGUUUCUGGCUGAAUGUUUAAUUGUGAGGAGUCUUUAUAAUUUCUUAGGCUCCAAUUAGUCAACUAUCAGGCCUAAUAAAGUGCAUUUGAAAUUUAUCCUUUAUAAUGAAACCUUUUAGUUCUAAUAAAAAAUGAAAAAUUAAAUGUCAA